AUUUGAUCCCUCGGGCACUCUCAGCACCUGUGUGUGUGCAGGGGCGGAGGGAGGGAGGUGCAGGCUCAGUGCCGUGCAGGACCGCUGCCGGGGGCGCCUCUACAGACAUCAGUGCUGGUGAUAACAAUAGGUGUGUGCUUCUGACCACCCGAAAAUGUAACCAUUCCAAUCACAUUCCAGAAACUACACCAGCCACCUGAGCUCUGCAGCUGAAAAGCAAUCUCCACGAGACAGAGAUCUUUGUGUUCUUAUCCUCCUCUUCAGAGGGUGGGAUGAGAAUAGCUGCCUUCACACUUGACAGAAGCCAAAGAUAACAUGACUGAAAAGAAAGGCAGGCUCUGCUGGGGGUUUUGAGGCAGAAUACUGACUACAAGAGGAGGCUGGGACUCCUGGCAGAAGAAAGUGGCAUUCGUUGUUCCCUGCCCCAUUCACAGAAACAGGUCUGUGUCCGCAUUCUUGAACACUCUGUGCAUACGUUCUCAGUAAACAGAACUGCUGCAAAGAAACCCCUGCUCUGAACACACGGAACGGGGAGUGCUGCUGGAGCACUCGGGUCGAGAGAGGUACCAACCUGAAAACCUGUAUAGUGUGGACUUUGGCACCAGCUCGAUAAACCAGCCUGCAGGGGAGAGAAAACAGCAAAAAAGAAAAUACCCAAAACCUGCUUCUCCUUGCAAAGUCAGUUCUGGAAAAGAAUAAAAUGAAAACCCAAGGGAAAUCACACACCUAUUCUGUCUUUGCUUUUAUUGUCUUUCCAGUUGUUAUCAGAUAGAUUUCUAAGCAGUAGCAUAAAAAUCCUGUGCAUAGCCUGCAAUAAUCUCUGAAUGGGUGUGUUUUCCAACCAGACGCUGUUCCCAUACAGGCACCCAAAAGCUGCCAGCGCUCUCAGAGCCAGAGGGUCCUGAUGGGUUUGCAUUUCCCUGUCCUCACGCUCCUCUGUGAGCACAGCAGCCAAAUAACCCGGCGCCAGAUUUUGGGAAAGCCGGCAAAACCCCUGGGAAGCGGCAGCGGCGGCUCGAGCGGCCGGCCCUGCCCGCUGCCGUGAUGCAGCCCCUGCUCCUCCUCCUGCCGCUGCUCAGGAGCUUCGCCUGCAGCUGGGAACCGCGCAGCGCCGAGCUCCCAACUUUGAGCAUGGCUCGGAGGAGACCGAGGGGCUGGAGGUCCCAGACUCCUGCAGACCUGGGAGCUGACACAUGUUCUAGGAGCAUUUUGCUUUCCAAACCCUUCCUCUCUGCCGAGGACGGAGCAGACACAACUCAAAGAGACUCGCACCUGGAAGGAUCUCUUGUUGGAUUCUGCUGCUGUUAACAGAGCUCUGCAAACCUACUCUCAUGCACAGAAGAAGAGGGAAAUUCUUCAAAACAGCAAGACACUUCUGAAGUGGGAGUGGAAGAGGCAGCAUCCCCCUCCUCCCCAUUUGGGAGAAAGGAGCUGCCCAACCUGCUCAGGAGACUUUUCCAUCUGCCCCAAAACCAGCUCCUGAAGUCCUGCCCCUGCACCUCCAAGAGCCCGGGGCGGUGGCACCCAGAGCAGCCCCCGAGCACGGCCGGUCUGCUGGGCACGGGAGAUGGAGAAUGAGGUUGGCAAAUCUGUGGACAAUCAAAUGGACAAAUACAUAGUUACGAUAAUGGGGAAAUCAGAAAGUCAAAUGGAUAUUGUGGAAAAAUCAACAAAAUCUGGGAAGAAAUCCUGGAGCUUUGUGGCAAUCACUCUGGCGGUGCUGCUGCUCCUCAUGACCUGCGCGCUGGUCGCCCUGGUGAUCCUGUAUGCCAGCAGCAGAGGCACUCGCUACGGCCCCGGCUCAGGCAGCGUGUGUACCACACCUGGAUGUGUCACCGCAGCUGCUAGAAUAAUUCAGAAUAUGGACCCAACAACUGACCCUUGCAAGGAUUUCUACCAGUAUGCCUGUGGGGGCUGGCUGAACCGGCACAUCAUCCCAGAAACCAGCUCCAGAUACAGCAUUUUUGACAUCCUGAGAGACGAGCUGGAGAUCAUCCUAAAAGGUGUGCUGGAGACUUCAGACCAAGGGGACAGAGAAGCAUUUCAGAAAGCUAAAAUACUUUACAAGUCAUGCAUGAAUGAGAGUCUUAUAGAGCAACGAGACUCUUUGCCUCUGCUCGAGGCCUUAACGAUGGUUGGAGACUGGCCAGUGGCUUCUGCAGACUGGAAGACGACCAAAGAGCCAAAUUGGAGCAUGGAAGAAAAACUCUCCAUAAUGAACUCCAGAUUUAACAAACGUGUCCUUAUUGACAUGUUUGUAUGGAAUGAUGACCGCGAUUCCAGUAGACACAUCAUUUAUAUUGACCAGCCAAGUUUGGGAAUGCCAUCCAGGGAUUACUACUUUAACGGAGGCAACUAUCAAAGAGUGAGGGAAGCUUACCUGCAGUUCAUGAUCAGCAUUGCCAAAAUGAUCCGGGAAGACAAGAAUAUGUCUAAAGAUGAUUCCUUUGUCCAAGAGGAAAUGGCAAAGGUUAUGGAGCUUGAAACAGAGAUUGCAAACGCAACUACCCCAGCAGAAGAAAGACAUGAUGUGACCUUGUUAUACAACAAAAUGACCUUAAAAGAGCUGCAGGAAAAGUUUGCGUUGAACGAAUUUAACUGGACCUUCUUCAUCCAAAGUGUCAUGUCUUCAGUAAGUGUCCAGGUUGAGCCAGAAGAAGAGGUGGUUGUGUAUGGCAUGCCCUAUCUGCAAGAGCUGAAAGCAAUUCUCUCCAAGUACUCAGCAAGCACCAUCCAGAACUACCUCAUUUGGCGCCUGGUGAUUGAUCGAGUCAGCAGCUUGAGCCGGCGCUUCAAGGAUGCUCGGGCCAGCUACAGGAAGGCGCUCUAUGGGACCACGCUGGAGGAAGCGCGCUGGAGGGAGUGCGUGAGUUACGUCAACAACAACAUGGAGAACGCGGUGGGAGCCAUGUACGUCAGGGAGACAUUUGCUGGUGAGAGCAAGAGGAUGGUCCGAGAUUUAAUAGAUAAGAUUCGUGAAGCAUUCAUCGAGACUUUAGAUGAGUUACAGUGGAUGGAUGAGGCAUCCAAAGAGAAAGCUCGUGAGAAGGCAAUGGCGAUUAAAGAACAAAUUGGCUAUCCAGAUUAUAUUUUGGAAGACCAGAAUGAAAAACUCGAUCAGGAAUACGCCAGUUUAAACUUCAGUGAACACAGUUACUUUGAAAACAUCCUGGAAAACCUGAGAGCUGGAGCCCAAAAGAGCCUGAAAAAGCUUCGAGAGAGAGUUGACCAAGAUGUAUGGAUAAUUGGAGCUGCAGUGGUCAACGCGUUCUAUUCCCCCAAUCGGAACCAGAUAGUUUUUCCUGCUGGGAUCCUGCAGCCGCCGUUCUUCAGCAAACACCAACCGCAAGCCCUGAACUUCGGCGGGAUCGGGAUGGUUAUUGGGCAUGAAAUUACUCAUGGCUUUGAUGACAACGGUGAGGAGAUAACGGAGAAAAUGUUAUUCUUUCAGCUGCACUCACGGCACUGUAGGAAUUUUGAUAAAGAUGGAAAUAUGUUUGACUGGUGGAGCAAUUUCUCAGCGAUGCAUUUCAAGGAGCAGUCUCGUUGCAUGGUUUAUCAGUACGGGAACUACACCUGGGAGCUGGCCGGGGGACAAAACGUCAGUGGAAUAAGCACAUUGGGAGAAAAUAUUGCAGACAAUGGAGGAGUCCGACAGGCUUAUAAGGCCUACUUGAAGUGGCUGGAACGGGAAGCAAAGGAGCCAAAGCUGCCCGGACUGAACCUGUCUCACAAACAGCUUUUCUUCCUCAACUUCGCCCAGGUUUGGUGUGGUUCCUACAGACCAGAAUACGCCAGCCAGUCAAUCAAGACCGAUGUUCACAGCCCGCUGAAAUACAGGGUGAUGGGAUCUCUGCAGAACUUUGAAGCGUUCUCGGAGGCGUUCCACUGUAAGAAAGGCACAGCCAUGCACCCCGCCGAGAAGUGCAGAGUGUGGUAACCAAAAAGAACACCGGCGAGAAUGACAGAUGCUCUGGUGACACAACAAGCAGCUCUUGCCAACGAUGUGCCGGAUGUUCCCCAUUCAGUCACAGCCACGGCGAACGGUGCAGCUGCUGCGGUGAGAACGGAGGAGACUCCAGCGCUCCGGCUCGUACCGCGGCACGGGGCAGCGCCCGGGGACCUCGGGGACCAGGGAUGUGCUGGGGGCCACAGUGUGUUCCAGAACACAACUGACGGGUUCAAACGCUCCAGAACAGAACUGACCGUUUCAAACACUCCAGAACAGAACUGACUGUUUCAGAUGCUCCAGAACACAACUGACUGUUUAACACAACUGACCAUUUCAAACGCUCCAGAACAGAAGUGACUGUUUAACAGAACCGAUGGUUUCAAACGACAUCCUGACUGUUAUGAAGAUACCACAUCAGAGUUACAAAGACUAAUUAAAUAAAAAACAAAACCAACAAACACCUAUCUAUCUAUUUUUCAGAAAGGAACAAUAAUUUUAAUGUGUCUGCGACUCAGCAAACCUGUUUGGGAUGUUUCACUGCACUGUUUGCCGGUUCCUGAUGCAGUUUCCAGCGCGUUCUCCCAAAUCGGGUCGGGGCUGCUCUGAGCUCUCGCGCCUUUUCCGCUGCUUUGCUGUGAGAUGCUGGUUGUCUUGCUGUGGCACAAGCGAGCUUGUGUAACGUCCCGUGAAGCUGCGCUCCUGCUGCCGCCACUUCCUCCAAAGAACAACCGUAACGUCGCCUUCAAGCGAGGCAUUGCUAGAUAGAAAGAUCACGUUUUUAGUAGUACAGAUUCUGCUGUUUUGCUUAAAAUUCUGGAGUCCCUCCCUCCAGAGAUAUAUUUAAAAUUAUGCUUAUUCUUGUAGAAAGUGUAUAAAAUACUUUUUGCCAAAUAGCAAACAUGUAUCCAUGGAAACAAGCUGUCUUUCAAUCCUGUGCCUUUUCAUUUUGCCAUAGGCUAUUUUUCAGUAUUUACACUUGAAAAUGUAACAACUAUUAAUUUUUAAUUAAAAAAAAACAAACAACAACA